UACUUCCGUGUUGUUCCGUUUUUUUUUUUUUUUUUUUUUGUGGUUACAAAUAAUCUACGUUGUUUCUAGUUAUAUCUAUAUAAAAAUAUGGUUACAAUAGUUAACCUGGUUACCAUCGCGACUCUGAGAGGAAAUGAGGCAUAUUGGUCAGGGUAUACAGAAUAUGACCCAUAUUUUUCCUGAGAAACAUUCAACUCGACUACAGCGGGAAAAGGAGCACCACACAGUCUGUGACUACAUUCACUGCAGUGGUCUAGCUGUGUGUUUAAAUAAAUAAUGCAGUCCGUGUUUCUGACACGUUUGUACAUAUUCGGUAUCUGUGCUGCCCUGACAUGUGGAACUAAAUGUAGACAAAAUGAAUAUCUAUCAGAAGCAGAAGAAUGCUGCCAUUUAUGUGCUAAAGGGUCAGUGGUUAUGAAAGACUGCCAUGGUGAUUACAAUACAACAUGCAAACCUUGUUCUAAAGGCACAUUUAUGAUUGGACCAAAUGGUUUUCACACCUGUCAUCGGUGUAAAAUCUGUGUCAAUGGCCUUUUUAUUUCUCAAGACUGUACAACAAUAAAGGAUACAGUAUGUGGGGUUUUGGAUGGAUAUUAUUGCAAGCAUUUUGCAGAUGACAGAAAUGAUUGUUUUCUUGCAAUAAAACACAGUAAAUGCAAACCGGGGGAACAAAUAAACACUCCAGGCACAAAGGCCUCAGAUACCAUUUGUGAGCCCUGUUCUCCAGGGUUUUAUUCUCCUGAAGGUGUGAACUGCUCUAAAUGGACAGACUGUUCGGUCAGAAAUGAGAUUGAGGAUGAAGGAGGCACUUCCAUUAGAGAUGUUCAGUGCAAACCAAGAAGGAGCAGCUAUGGUCUCAUAGCAGCUUUUCUCACUGCAGCUGUUUUACUGUCACUUGUAGUUUUAUGUUUAUGUCAAAGAAAAGCAGUCAGAAGUUUCUUUAUAUUAAAAAGUCCUGAAGAGGAAACAGACUCUCAAUCUUCACAAUGUACCCCAUCAACCAGUCCACUUUACUAAAGCACCAGCUCGAUGAAUGGACAUUUUUUUUAUUUGAAAUUUUUAUUUUUGUUUGUAUUCAGUUAAUUUUGCACUUUUUUCAGUAAUUUAGUUGAAAUGGGAUCUAGUGAACAAGCUGUUGAUUUAGCUGCAGUAAUAAGUUUAUCUAGCUCUUCCUGUCCUGUACUUGUAAAGCACAGUCGUUUUGAGUGUAGAGCUUUAGGUGAGACUGGGUCACGAGAUGCUCUCAUAUGUUGAACAUCAACUAUUGUGUUCCUGGUAUUUUCAAUUUUGUCAUUGAAGAAUCUCAUUAAGUCCUCACUACUGAACUGUGAUGGAAUAGUGUGUUCGGAUCUCUGUUUUUUUUGUUUUGUUUUGUUUUGUUAAUGUACCAACUGUGUUAAAUAAGAACCUGGGAUAGUUUUAGUUAUUUUCUAUGAGUUUGCUCAGGUGCUCAGCCCUAGCAGCUUUUAGAGCCUGUCUCUAGCUGCACAUACUGUCCUUGUACGCAAUUCUAAAAACCUCUAAUUUAGUUUUUCUCCACUUUCACUCGAGGUUAUGGUUUGCUCUCUUGAGGAUCUGAAUAUGACUAUUAUACAAUGAUGCAGGUGGUUUGUAUCUAACUUUCUUUAAUGCGGGAAAGAGUCUCUAUUUUGCUAGUGAAGAUAGUGCGUAUGUUGUGUGUCAAUUCCUCUAGAUUGUUUGUGUUUAAGGGUACAGUAAGAAGUUGAGACAGAUCAGGCAAGUUAUUUGUGAAUCUGUCUUUUGUGGACGGAAUAACAGUUCUACCGAAUCAAUAACGUGGUGAGACACAGUUAGUCUGUUCUAUAGGUAGUGUUUACAGUAUGACGUAAUGGUCUGUGAUGUCAUCAAAAUGAGGUGCAGGUGAAAACAUGAGUUACUUCACAAGGAUGUUGUUUUUUACUAAAGCACCAACUCGAUGAAUGGACAAAUAAGACUUUUUAUUUGGAAACCCAAAAAAGAGUGCAGUGUUUGUUUGUUUUGUUUUAACAACAGCAACAACAAUUUUUUUUUUUUUUUAAGACAACUCUUUACAGGACUCUUUACAGGACCUGCUGCUGUUCAUUCUUUUACUGCACAAAAUAUUGUUUGAACAUUCAGUAUUUACACUGGUCGGUCGGCGCUGUUUCUGUUACUGUGUAUUGUCUUU